GGGAAUAAUGAGGAGGAGGGGAGGCAGGAGCACAUUGUGUGUGAGUGUGUCUGGAGGCAGCUACGCACAGAGAUCUGCAGUCACAAUUCAGUUGCCCGGGCUCCCAGUCCCCCAGCUCUGACACAGCUCUAUAUGACUGUCACCAAGGUAAUGAAAAAAGAAAAACCAGCACUCAAGUUUAAAAGGGCCCCUGAAGAAAACCACUCUUUUGAUUGAAACAGCUGUCGGUCUAUAUGCAAUGGAAUCUUUAUGAAGAAUAAAUAAUUGUUUUUUCAUCUCCAAAAAUGUCAUGGCGCCCACAGUAUCGCAGUUCUAAAUUCCGAAAUGUGUAUGGCAAGGUUGCAAGUCGAGAGAACUGUUACGAAUGUAUUCCGAUCACCAAGAAUGUGCACGAUAAUCCCUUCUGUGCUGUCAACACCAAGUUCUUAGCAAUUGUUACAGAGAGUGCGGGAGGGGGAGCUUUCCUUGUAAUCCCCCUUCAUCAGACUGGACGCAUUGAGCCCAACCACCCCAAGGUGUGCGGGCACCAGGGCACAGUGCUGGAUAUUAAAUGGAACCCGUUCUUUGAGAAUGUCAUCGCCUCCUGCUCUGAGGACACGUCGGUGCGGAUAUGGGAAAUCCCAGAUGGUGGACUCAAGAGGAACAUGACUGAGGCGGCGUUAGAUCUAUACGGGCACAGCCGGAGGGUGGGACUCGUAGAAUGGCAUCCCACAGCUAACAACAUAUUAUUCAGUGCAGGCUAUGACUACAAGAUACUGAUCUGGAAUCUGGAGGAUGGGGAGGCAGUGAAGAUGAUAGACUGUCACACAGACGUCAUCCUCUGUAUUUCAUUUAACACGGACGGGAGUCUAUUUGCCACCACCUGCAAAGACAAGAAGUUGCGUAUCCUGGAACCGCGCUCAGGACGGGUGUUGCAGGUAGCCAGCUGUAAAAACCACAAGGUCACACGUGUUGUGUUCCUUGGGGACAUGAAGCGUUUGCUUACUACAGGCGUCUCCAGGUGGAAUACAAGGCAAAUAGUAUUAUGGGACCAGGAUGACCUGUCCAAGCCAUUGGUUGAAGAGGAGAUAGAUGGACUGUCAGGGCUGCUGUUCCCCUUCUAUGACGUGGACACACACAUGCUGUACUUGGCUGGAAAGGGAGACGGGAACAUUCGGUAUUAUGAGUUAACAGUGGAAAAGCCAUUCAUGACAUACCUCAUGGAAUAUCGCUCCGCAGCACCUCAGAAAGGACUCGGAGUGAUGCCAAAGCAUGGGCUGGAUGUAUCAGCAUGUGAAAUCUUUCGCUUUUACAAGCUCGUCACCUUAAAGAAUCUGAUAGAACCAAUAUCCAUGAUUGUUCCCAGAAAGUCAGAAACAUACCAGGAAGACAUUUACCCUAUGACCCCGGGAACAGAACCGGCCAUCAAUCCUAAGGACUGGUUAAGUGGCAUCAACAAAGACCCUGUGCUGAUGAGCCUGAAAGAGGCAUAUCGGAAGGAAUCCAAGGCCACAUUCAAAGUGCCAGUGAGAGAUAAGAAGAGUCUGGUGGUAAAUGGUAUAGAUCUGUUGGAAAACGUGCCACCUCGGACUGAAAAUGAACUGCUGCGCAUGUUCUACCGGCAGCAGGAGGAGAUCCGACGUCUAAAGGAGCUGCUGGCUCAGAGAGACCUCCUUAUCCGACAGCUGGAACUGGAGCUCCGAAAUCUGAAGAAUAGUCCCAAAGAGGGCUAGACGCUCCCAACAUCUCCACAAAGAUCAUGCAUUGUAAUAGGGACUGAUAACUUCUACCAUGUAUCUGGCCUUGUGGGGGUUCUGUAUAUAGACUAACUGGCCCUAUAAUGCCUCUCUGAGGCACCUAAGGGAAUGUGUAUACAUCUGCACUAAUUACCCCAAUCCCCCAUUUAUCCAACAGGGGACCUGCAUAUAACCAAAUGCAACUAAUUCCUCCAGCACUUAACCUGGGGCUUCCAUAGAAGACCUCUAGCCAAGCACAUCCCUUGUAAAUGGAUUGAGUCCUACUCCUAGUUUUGGACCUUAGUCAUAGGUCAAGAGAGGGGUUUUUCAAAUGUGGCCUCCUAAGGCAAUUAGCCUGCUACAUCUCCUCUCACCAGCCCUGGGGAAAGAUUUGGAAAGCAUUUUUAUGUACAUCACACGGCAGCGGAGAAAUACCAGGGAAUUUAAGAGAUCAUAAAGCCAUAACAGAAAUGUAUAGAAUAUUUCAGACAUGCUAUUAACAAAUAAAGCACUAGGGAGCUCCUCCCUCACCCUUUCUUCUACCCACACAUUUUCCUCCACCAUUCUUCCUCCUGUGACAUUUUCUCAGUCACCUGCUCUUCACCAUUGAUUGCACAUUCCCAUGCUGGUCAGCCCUUUAUUCUCACUCCCAGCAGAGCACUUUAAAUCAGGCAGACGUGACUGACUGGUUGGCCUUUUAUUUAUUGCUAAUAAUCACUUCCUAUGCAAAGUGACGUAUUAAAAUCAUUAACCUCCUAAA